AUGCGUGGACCUGCCUCUCCUACAGAUGCUGCCAUCCCACCCCCAGGUGCCCUGGGGCAAGUCGACCAGGAGAGCACAUCCAUCCAGAGGACAGUGAUGUGCCCUGAGGCUCCGGGACCCACCACAGGGGAACAUACCAGCCCCGGCCCCAGACCUGGGGGGCCACCUGAACCCCAGGAGGCCGGCCAGAAUCCCCCAGGAGUGGAGGCUGGGGAUGCAUCCAGUGAGGCCUGGCAGCAGGCUGAAGGCGAGCCCCGGAAGGUGCCGCAACCUCUCUCCCACGAGGGCCUGGAGCAGAACUCUCGGGCACACGCUGAGGUCCAGGAACGCAUGGUGCCCAUCCGGAUGGAGGGCGCUGCCUGCCCCAGGGCAGGUGCAACAGAGCUCUGGGACAUCCACAGCCACGUGUUCACAGAGACCAAGCACAGGACAUAUGUGUACCAGGCCAGCGACAUGUGUGCCACAAGGCCCCCAUCCAUGCAGGUCACCAUUGAGGAUGUGCAGGCCCAGAGGGGCGGCGUGGCGCAAUUCCAGGCUGUUAUUGAGGGCAACCCGCAGCCCACAGUGACCUGGUAUAAGGACGGUGCCCAGUUGGUGGAUGGCCCCCGGCUCAGCCAGCAGCAGGAAGAGACCACAUACUCCCUGGUACUAAGGGAUGUGGCCCAGCAUGACGCUGGUGUCUACACAUGCCUGGCCCACAAUGCUGGUGGCCAGGUGUUAUGCAAGGCAGAGCUGCUGGUCCAUGGGGCUUCCCCCUCCCUGGCUACAGGCGACAGUGAGCAAAGCUCUAGGAGGAAACUGCACUCCUUCUACCAGGUCAAGGAGGAAAUUGGAAGGGGUGUGUUCGGCUUCGUGAAGAGGGUGCAGCACAAGGGCAACCAGAUGUCCUGCGCCGCCAAGUUCAUUCCCCUGAGGAGCAGGACACGUGUCCAGGCUUAUCGGGAGCGGGACAUGCUAGCAGGGCUGAGCCACCCGCUGGUCACUGCACUGCUGGACCAGUUUGAGACCCGAAAGACCCUGAUCCUCAUCCUGGAGCUGUGCUCGUCGGAGGAACUGCUGGACCGCCUGUUCAAGAAGAGUGUGGUGACAGAGGCCGAGGUCAAGGUCUACAUCCAGCAGCUGGUGGAGGGGCUGCACUACCUGCACGGCCAAGGCAUCAUCCACCUGGACAUAAAGCCCCCCAACAUCCUGAUGGUGCAUCCUGCUCGGGAAGACAUUAAAAUCUGCGAUUUUGGCUUUGCCCAAAAAAUCACCCCGGCAGAGCCGCAGUACAGCAAGUACGGCUCCCCUGAGUUUGUGGCCCCUGAGAUCAUCAAGCAGACCCCUGUGAGCGAGGCCUCUGACAUCUGGGCCAUGGGGGUCAUCUCCUACCUCAGCCUGACCUGCUCGUCCCCAUUUGCUGGCGAGAGUGACCGAGCAACCCUUCUGAAUGUCCUGGAAGGGCGGGUGUCCUGGAGUAGCCCCAUGGCCACCCACCUCAGUGAGGAUGCCCAGGACUUUAUCAAGGCUGCUCUGCAGAAGGCCAUGGAGGCCCGGCCCAGUGCCGCCAAGUGCCUUGCCCACCCUUGGUUCCUGAAGUCUGUGCCUGCGGAGGAGGCCCACUUCAUCAACACCAAGCAGCUGAAGUUCCUCCUGGCCCGCAGCCGCUGGCAGCGCUCCCUGAUGAGCUACAAGUCCAUCCUGGUGAUGCGUUCCAUCCCGGAGCUGCUCCAGGGCCCGCCCGACAGCCCAUCCCUCGGGGUGGCCCGGCACCUGCGUGGUGAUGCCAGUGCCUCCUCCAGCAGCUCUUCCUCCUCCGACAACGAGCUGGCACCGUUUGCCCGGGCCAAGUCGCUGCCCCCCUCCCCAGUGACCCACUCCCCGCUGCUGCACCCCCGGGGCUUCCUGCGGCCUUCCGCCAGCCUGCCUGAGGAGGCCGAGGCCUGCCCACCCGCCGCAGCCUCGCCUCUGCCUGCGUCGCCCCAGGGUGCACAGCCACCAGCUGCCCUGGGCUGUGUGCCCCGGCAGAGUGUCAUCCGAAGCCUGUUCUACCAGCAGGUGGGCGAGGGCCCAGAGCUGGGGGGCCUGUCCGCAGGCAGCAGACGGCACCCCGCCCGGCGGCGGCACCUUCUCAAGGGUGGCUACUUCUCGGGCGUCCUGCCCGGCCUUCGAGAGCCACUGCUGGAGCACUGUGCGCUGGAGGAGGAGGCUGCCAGGGAGGAGCAGGCUGCCCCUUUCUUUCAACCCCAGAGGAGUCCUGCCCCCCAGGACUGUGGCACCCCUGCUGCUUUGGCACCACAACCUCCUGGCUCCUUCCCGCCAGGGCACUGCACAGAGCCCCUCUUGACAUCCCCGAGCCCUUUCUUCUCAGGAAAGCCACAGGCCUCCCUCUCCCCAGCCCAAGCAAGCCCCCAGCCAGACUCUGAGAGAGGGCUGAAGGACAUCCCUCUUGCCGGGAGGCCUGAUCCACCCAAACCCCCAGAGCCAGCCUCCCAUAUGGGCAUGGAGCCCAGCCCCUCCUUGGACACUGAAGGCCUGUCCCAGGAGACAGAGGGCCUGUCCCAGUCUUCGCCCAGCCCACAGCGGCCUCAGGAGCUGGCAACCACACGGAAGUUCUCCCUGGGAUGCCAUGGGGGCUACGCGGGGGUGGUGGGCUACGGCACCUUUGCCUUUGGUGGGGAUGCCGGUGGCAUGCUGGGUCAGGGCCCCCUGUGGGCCAGAAUGUCCUGGGCCGCCUCUCAGUCCUCGGAGGAGGAGGAGGAGGAGGAGGAGGCAGGGGCCGAGAGCCCACCACCCCAGGCCAGCACAGUACCUCUACCUGAGGGUGGCAGGGCCCUCCCGAAGGCCUCCCAGGAGGUGAGCUCAUGGGAAGACUUAAGUGGGGGCUCUCAGGUGUCGCUCGUACAGAUCCGGGACCUGUCCAGGGACCUGGAAGCGGCUGACACUGUGUCUCUGGACAUCUCGGAGGUGGAUCCUGCCUACCUCAAUUUGUCUGACCUGUACGACAUCAAAUACCUCCCAUUUGAGUUCAUGACCUUCAAGAAGGUCCCCAAGCCUGUGGAGCCAGAGCUGCCACCCUCCCCUGAGUCUGAGGCUGGGGAGGAGCUGGCUGAGCUCCCAGAGGCCACAUGGCCCUGGCCGGGUAUUCUGGGCCCGCCAGCAAGCCUGGAGAUCACAGAGGAGCCAGAGGACAUGGAGGCCCUGCUCGGGGAGGCUGCUGGUGGCAGCAAGCGCAAGUGGUCACCCCCUUCCAGCAGUCUCUUCCACUUCCCCGGGAGGCAAUCACUGCUGGAGGAGCCCACAGAGCUGGGGCUACGCCGGAGAGUGAGGGCCUCGGUGGCCCAUAUCUCCCACCUCCUGAGGGGCAGGCCUGCAGGUCUGGAGAAGGAAGGCCCCCCCAGGAAGAAGGCAGGCCUAGCUUCCUUCCGCCUAUCAGGCCUGAAGAGCAGGGACCAAGCACCAUCGUUCCUAAGGGAGCUCUCGGAUGAGAUGGUGGUCCUGGGCCAAUCUGUGACUCUGGCCUGCCAGGUGUCGGCCCAGCCAGUUGCACAGGCCACCUGGAGUAAAGAUGGGGCUCUUCUUGAGAGCAGCAGCCGCCUCCUCAUCUCCUCCACGCUCAAGAACUUCCAGCUUCUGACCAUCCUGGUGGUGACUGCCGAGGACCUGGGCGUGUACACGUGCGGUGUGCGCAAUGCGCUGGGGACGGCGGCCACCACAGCCAUUCUCCGGAAGGCAGAGCGCCCCUCUUCCUCCCCACGCCCCGACAUCGGGGAGGUGUAUGUGGACGGGGUGCUGCUGGUCUGGAAGCCUGUGGAGUCGUAUGGCCCUGUGACCUAUAUCGUGCAGUGCAGCCUGGAAGGCGGCAGCUGGAGCACGCUGGCCUCGGACAUCUUUGACUGCUGCUACCUCACUGGCAAGCUUUCUCGGGGCGGGGUGUACACCUUCCGGACGGCCUGUGUCAGCAAGGCGGGCAUGGGCCCCUACAGCAGCCCCUCGGAGCAGGUCCUCCUGGGAGGGCCCAGCCACCUGGCCUCUGAAGAGGAGAGCGGUGCCUCCGGGCCAGCCCAGCCCCUCCCCAGCAUGCAGACCUUUGCCUUCCAGACACAGAUCCGAAGGGGCCGCUUCAGCGUGGUGCGGCAGUGCCGGGAGAAGGCCAGUGGACGCAUGCUGGCUGCCAAAAUCGUGCCCUGCCACCCUGAGGACAGGACUGCCGUGCUGCGGGAAUACGAGACCCUCAAGGGCUUGCGCCACCCCCACCUGGCACAGCUGCAGGCUGCCUACCUCAGCCCCCGACACCUGGUCCUCAUCUUGGAGCUGUGCUCUGGGCCUGAGCUGCUCCCUUGUCUGGCCGAGAGGUCCUCCUACUUGGAAUCAGAGGUGAAGGAUUAUCUGUGGCAGAUGCUAAGUGCUGCCCAGUACCUGCACGCCCAGGGUAUCCUGCAUCUAGACCUCAGGUCCGAGAACAUGAUUGUCACAGGGUACAACCUGCUCAAGGUCAUCGACUUUGGAAACGCCCAGAGCUCCGCCCAGGAGAGGGUCCUGCCCUCGGAGAGUUUCAAGGACUACGUGGAGACCAUGGCUCCGGAGCUCCUAGAGGGCCAGGCUGCCGUCGCGCAGACCGACAUCUGGGCCAUAGGUGUCACGGCCUUCAUUAUGUUGAGCGCUGAGUACCCGGUGAGCAGCGAGGGAACGCGAGACCUGCAGAAAUGCCUGCGCAAGGGGCUCAUCCAGCUGAGCCGCUGCUACGCGGGGCUGUCCGGGGGCGCUGUGGCCUUCCUCCGAAGCACGCUGUGCGCGCACCCCUGGGGCCGCCCAAGCGCGUCCAGAUGCCUGCAGUGCCCGUGGCUGACCGAGGAGGGCCCCGCCAGCUCCCAGCCUGCGGCCGUGACCUUCCCCACCGCAAGUCUGCGCGCCUUCGUGAGAGAGCGCGAGAAGAGGCGGGCGCUGCUGUACAAAAAACACAACCUGGCCCAGGUGCGCUGA